UCCCCGAUAUAUUUUUAUUACAGAAAUCUUAGACAGAACUUACAAAAUAAUCUCAGAUGUUUAGGACUGUUCAUAUCGUAUAAUAAUUUUAUUAUGAAUCAAUUUCUGUAAUUAAAACCUUUAGAAAGAAAUGUGUUAUAGAAAUGAACAUAUUUAACAUACAUUCAUGUUAUCAAUUCAACUGAUGUUGUGAAGGAUUGUGAUUUUGUUUUGUUUUACUACUUUUACUAAAAGAAGUAGUUUAAACUUGUUAAUAAAAAUGGAAAACCCGAAAAAUAUCUAUUGCAGGUUUUGUGCCGAACAAAAAAGUGCGGAAAAAAUGUUGAAUCUGUUAAAAGACACUAAGAAAUUCGACGAAAUCUUGUCCAAGUUGAACUUUUUAAACGCUCUAUAUGUUGAAGUUUCAAAUAGAGAUUCUUUGCCGAAAACGAUGUGUUUCGUUUGUUACGAUUCAUUAAACAUGGCAUACGACUUCCUGGACAGAGUAAAGAAAUCACAACAAGUUUUAUUACAUAUGUUUCCUGAAGACACCGAGAAAUGCGACUUAUCAGACGACGAAAGAAUGAUAGGCUUCGACGAAAUGCUAAACACCGAAGUAUCAAGCGAUAAAAACAUCAUCAAACAGGAAAACCUAGAUGAAAAAACAGAUUUAGAUAAAAACUCAUGUAUAGAAGUUAAAAAAGAACCAAAGGAUGAAAUAGAUGCAAGUUUAGAUACUAGCCAAGAAAGUGAAAUUUACGAUCAGACAGUAAAUGUACAAUAUAUAUUAGACGCUGCUAUGUGUAAUGUUCCUUAUCCUGAAGAGACAUUAUAUGCGAAAGAGGUCAAAGAUGGAAGCAAGAGAUCUGUGUCCAAUUGGAAAGAAUAUCCGUGGUUGUGUGCACAUUGCAAUAUAGAAUUCCUCGACAUAGUAACAUUACGCUUGCACUCAAAAAUGACCCACAGCAAGUGCAGUGCCUUCGUUUGUAUAGAUUGUGAUAAUUAUGGCAAUGGUGAUUUUGAUUAUUUUAUAAAACAUGUUAAAUUACAUAGAAAGAGAUUAAGAAAGAGAUGUCACUACUGCGAUGAAUCGGUGAACGAGGAGCUACUCCCAUCACAUAUACAGGAUCACUUUCAAAAGAAUCAAGUGUCGUGCAAUAUGUGCGGUGAAAUAUUAAAAAACAAUGAAUCAUUACAAAAACAUCUUGGUGAGUACAAUUCAACGAAAGUCAAAAGAAAACCACGUAGAAAGCGUGGAACACCAUUAACCAUAGAGGACUUAACUUGCAAAUUAUGUAAAAAAGUAUACAAGAAUCCUAACAGCUUACGUGACCAUAUGAAGAUACAUACUAAUGACAGAAAAAGGAACUAUACUUGUGAUAGAUGCGGUAAAAUGUUUUAUAAUAAAGGUACUCUCACGUCACACAUAAUGGCUCAUGAUCAAGUCCGUCCACACAUAUGCAGGAUAUGCAAUAAAUCAUUUUUAUUCCCAAAUAUGCUACGACGGCAUGUCGAAAUGCAUUCAGGUAUAAAACCGUUCUCAUGUGAACAGUGUGGCAGGUGUUUUAGGUUACAAUAUCAAUUGAAUGCACACAAAAUAAUACACACAGAUUCAAUGCCUCAUGUUUGUCAAUAUUGUAAUAAGGCGUUCCGUUUUAAACAAAUAUUAAAGAACCAUGAACGACAGCACACUGGUGCUAAACCAUACUCUUGUAAAAGCUGCAGUAUGGAAUUUACGAAUUGGUCGAAUUAUAACAAACACAUGAAAAGAAGGCAUGGUUUAGAUACAUCAAAGAAGAAAAUAACCCCAGAGGGAGUGUUUCCAAUCAACCCGCAAACUGGUGAACUGGUUCAGUUUAAUGAUGCUGGCACUGAAGAAUGGAAGACUAAAAUCAUGAUACCUGGUAAACGAGGAAAGAAAAAAAUCAUAAAAAAAGAAGAAAUAAUUUAGAAAUAGUGCAGUUGGAGGAGUAUAGCUCAUACCGUUAGCCUGGUGUGCUUCAGUUUGGCUUAUUAAUGUACAAAAUAUAGUUUUUAAUAUAUUGUUAUGGCCAUCUAUAGUGUCUUAAGUUAUUGAAGAAUGUAAAUAUAACAUGAGAAAAUGGCAAAUUUGAGUUACUG